AUGGCUGCACCUGCAACCCGUGCUUCUCCAGAUCUCGCUCAUGGAGAUCCUCGUCUUGAAGCUACCCAAAUGGGCCGUCGAGCUUCCAGCGUUCGCGGACAGCCCGUCGUGAUGCCGUUCUCGAGUGCUGAAGAGGGAGUGGCCCCGACUCGAUCAUUCUCGGGCAGGACAGCUGCCAAGCUGAACUACACCACACGGAAGCCAGCACCAGCGAACACCACUCAAGAUGUCGACGAGGAAUCAAAUACUCCUCGCGGUCCUCCUCCUGCGGACUAUUUCCGUGGCGCUCAUGUCGCCACAUCAGAGAAUGAGAAUCUGCAGUCACACAUGGCACAUUCCAUUGCUGUGAGUCCUUCGUCUCUUCCAAGUCGAUCAAAUACAAUACGAUCGACCAGUGGCAUGAGCACCAAGAAGGAUUGGGCUUCAGACCGAUCACCCCUGCAGAAGCUCGAAGUUACCCUGUCUGGAAUCAGCAAGGAGGAGAAGCGUGCCAAAGUACAAGAGGCAGAACGGCGAUUAAGAGAACGCCUUGCCCGACAAAAGCUGGAAAAGGAGCAGGCUGCUGCCACGGCUCAUGGUAGAAACGGCGGCGAAGCGCACAUCAAUCACAACUCGCAGUCGCCGAAUUCUUCGCACCAAAUGUCAACGACAGGAGUUGACCAUCAUCCGGUGGCCUCCGCCAAAAACGCCCAGAUCGCCGUACCUAAGACUCGUCAACAGCUCACCACUGUGCGCAAUGGUGGAGCGGGUCAGGCAAAUGGCUCAUAUCCAGAGAAUCGCACCACGAGGGGCGAUCAGCAUAUAGGAGUUAAUAGCAGCGGACCCCUGCCAACCAAGGCGACCGGUCCAAUGAGAGCUAAUUCUGGAAGAGACCACAGGGGAUGGGUUGGCGCACCUACACACUCUCGCUCAGUGUCACAGCAAGAAUAUGCAGGCCCAUCACCGCUGGCACCAAAUAUGGUGCCUCACGCAGAGAGAAGAGAAUCCCCUUCGACGCUCAAGUCACUGUCUGGUGCCUCACUCCCACGAUCAAAACCACGACAGACUGUCUCCUUCGAUGUACCACCGCCCACUCCACCACCAAUCUUCGAAUGGCGAAAUGGGCCUGUGGCUCGCCUCGCAGCUGCCGAUUUCGACUAUCAAAAUCUGGACAUUGAUCGAAGUAGAGCUUGGUGGGAAGGUGGCAUUUCAACCGAUCGGCGCAAAAGCAGGGUCUUACCAGAAGGUUAUCAAACUGCAGCCCAGAAAGUCACAGGAGUGACUGCACACAAAACCUUCCAGCCCAGAUUGUUUAUGCGAUGCGGACCCCUCCUCCGAUACACUGGCACAAAGAGAGUAUUUGUCGACGAAGCCAAUGAGCCCGUGGAGAAAGAGUUCUGGCGGGGCUCAGUGCUGAUUGUCACUAAAGAUUCACGCUCCUCUUAUGAGAGUCCGCCUACAUUGAGAAUGUUUUCACAACCUAUGGACCUUCUGCCUCCCCCGCCUGCAUUCGUCAGUGGAGAAGAUGGAGCGCUGGCUCCCGAAUACGUCGAUCCCACAGCGGGUCUCAUGAAAGUUGGUCGCGACGGUCGUCCACUGUAUGCUAAGCCAGUCGAACAUCUUGAGGAAGAGGUGGAUUUGUCUGCAGUCGAAAACGACGAUGGACUUUACGAGCUAUCACCAAGCAUAGUCGAUUACAGCGCGGACGGCGCCAAACAAUCGGCUCCAGCCAACAGAAUCCAUCCGAUUGAUGGCGAGACUGCCGGUUUGUAUCGAGACAUUCCGGGAGUCCGUCUUUACGCGGAUGCAGCUCGAGACGUGACAUUCUGGAGAUUCAGCAUGGAGGUUGAACUUGGGACGACACAGCAGCGCAUUGCUUAUCGUAUCAAUCAAGGACCAGCGUUGGGAUUCUGGGUCCCUGCUAAAGAUCAGCCGAUGAACAUCAUGUUCCACAGUGGCAACGGCUUCAGCCCGAAUGUUGAUUCUGACCCUCUAUGCGGACCCGAUCCGCUCUGGAGAGACGUUCUGAACGAGCAUCAGACCCAGCCCUUCCAUGUGAUGAUUGGGGGUGGCGACCAGAUUUACAACGACAAGGUGAUCACGGAUCUUCCGUCUUUCCAGGAAUGGAUCAAGGUCAAGAAUGCCGCGGACCGAUAUGGUGCACCCAUGACACCGCAAUUCCGGGCAGAACUCGAGAAGUUUUAUCUCGAAAGCUAUGCUUCGUGGUUUUCGCAGGGUCUGUUCUCCUUGGCCAAUUCUCAGAUUCCAAUGGUCAACAUCUGGAAUGACCACGAAAUUUUUGAAGGCUUUGGAUCGUACAAUGACGAGUUUAUGCAAAGCGCGGUCGUAUCUGGGAUAGGCAAGAUUGGCCACAAAUACUACCUUUUAUUCCAGCAUCACAGCGUAAGAGACGAGACAGAGAUUGACGAGCCUAGCUGGCUCCUCGGCGCUGAACCAGGCCCCUACAUUGAGGAGAGAAGCCGCAAUCUCUUCAUGUCGAUGGGUAGGGACGUGAUGUUUUUGGGUCUGGAUUGCCGAACCGAGCGACAGAACGAUGAGGUUAUCAGCCCCCAGACCAAUGAGUUGUUAUGGGACAGGUGUCAUCGAGAAAUCGUGAAAGGAAGAACAAAACAUUUGAUAAUCCUGUCAAGUGUACCGAUUGCCUACCCUCGUGUGGUACGUAGCCCACUCGACCCAUCUACUCACUCGAAGCUGACUCGAGCGCCUCCAAAGGCCAUGCUUAAGAACUACAUGAAUAGUCGGAAGUCGAUUGGUAAGGCCGGCAUGAUCGGAGGCCUCAUCAAUCGCUCCGGCGGGAAUGUGGAGGUGUUUGAUGACCAUUGGGCCGGAAAGCAUCUCAAGGCCGAACGGACUUGGCUGGUCGAGGACUUGCAAGAUCUGGCCGCUGAGAAAUCCGUUCGUGUCACAAUCCUGAGCGGUGAUGUGAACAUGGCCGCGAUCGGGCAAUUCUACUCGAACCCUAAAUUGGACAUCCCGAAAGACCGAGACUACCGCUAUAUGCCUAAUGUGAUCUCAUCUGCCAUUGCCAAUGUGCCCGAAACCGAGAUCAUCUCGGACCUGCUCAAUAAGCGAAACACGAUCCACCACAUGGACUCUAAUACUGAUGAAGAUGUCAUCCCCAUCUUCGAGCACGACGUCGACGGCAAGCCGCGAAACAACAAACGUCUUCUCCCUCGACGUAACUGGUGCUCCAUUCGAGAGUACCGCCCGGGCACCACACCACUCGGUACGCCCGAGUCCGAACAGGAAAUGACACCCGAGCCUCGCCCUGGCAAGCUCCAACGCACAUUAUCACUGGGACGAGGAGACAGGGGCCCCGGCAAUGGUAAACCUGGUGGUCUGUUCCGGCGAUUGUCCUCUCGUGGCGGACCACCCACGCGUACCAUGAGUUUCGGACGUGCCGCAGGGGCCUCGGGCCGACGAGCCAGCGUCGAUGCGCAUGUUCCCCGGCCAAAUGAGACUGCCAACAGUUACUUCCCUGGCGAUCCUGCUGAGACCUCUCGACCUGGUCCGUUCCAUCGACGACCCACCAGCCUCAGUCUCAAAGGCACUAGAAAGCGAGCCAAAAAGCAGGGCGAUGACGGGGCUGGAGCCCUUGUCAAUCUGGAGGGAGGUCUGGCCAUCACAUUGAAUCUUGAGAUAAGCCCGCACGACCCAGCUGGUAUUACCGUACCCUACAAGCUUCUUGUUCCGGCGCUCUACUACGAGGGUACUGAGUACGACCCCGCGCCCACCCCUGUGGUCAAGGGAUGGCGCAAGUGGCUCCGUAUGCCACGACGGAAAAACGAGAAGCAAAACGACGAGGAUGCUGAAUAUGAUGACGAAGAUGCCGAUGAUUACGAAGACCAUGACACAGUUACUAAUACCCGCGCGAACGCUGCUGCCACAUACCCUCACUACGACGAAUACCCCGAAAGCGAUGAGGAAGUCCAUGAACCCGUUCCACGCCGAGUGGACCAUCCGUCCGCGGGCGGCCCAGCCGGCGGAUCAGACGAAGACGACGAAGAAGAUGAGUAUGAAGACGAUUAUCCUCGUCCUCGCAAGAAGUGGUUUGGAGUGAUUUGA